AUGAUGCCUAUCCGAUCGUCAAGGAGUGCCUUGCGCACUCUGCCUUCACAGAGACAGCUCGUGUCAAAUCGCAGGCAUUUUUCCACUACUCUGGUCGCUGGUGCCCUCUCGCCCCACCGAACCUCUGGCACGUUUGUGAAUCCCAAACGAGGACAGAGUACAGCCGCUGCGUCGUCAGACGGUCGUCCCGUACCCAGCCCUGCCUUCAACCAAGAGACUCGAAAUGUGUCUCCUUUAGAGAACCGAAAACUGCCUGAACUCGAUGACUCAUUCGUCGGACUCAGCGGUGGCGAAAUCUUCCAUGAGAUGAUGCUGCGACUUGAUGUCAAGCAUAUCUUUGGUUACCCCGGUGGUGCAAUUCUACCCGUCUUCGAUGCCAUCUACAACUCCAAACACUUUGACUUUAUCCUACCUCGUCAUGAACAGGGUGCCGGCCACAUGGCCGAAGGUUAUGCCCGUGCAUCUGGAAAGCCUGGUGUUGUCUUGGUCACCUCUGGCCCCGGCGCUACCAACGUGAUUACCCCAAUGCAAGAUGCAUUGUCAGACGGAACUCCCAUGGUUGUUUUCUGCGGUCAGGUGCCAACUUCCGCCAUUGGUACCGACGCUUUCCAGGAGGCCGAUGUGGUCGGUAUCUCUCGCCCUUGCACCAAGUGGAACGUUUUGGUAAAGAGCGUGGCCGAACUUCCUCGACGCAUCAAAGAAGCUUUUGAGAUCGCAACAAGCGGUCGUCCAGGUCCCGUCUUGGUCGAUCUCCCCAAAGAUAUCACUGCUGGUAUCCUUCGCAAACCUAUCCCUAUGAACAGCACCCUGCCAUUCUACCCGACUACUGCCAGCGAAGCAGCCCGCGCUCUUGGACGUCACCAACUCGAAAACACCCUUGACCGUGUUGCCGACCUCAUUGGUGUUGCCCAGAAGCCUGUUUUGUAUGUUGGCCAAGGUUUGUUGGCUCGCCCCGAAGGUCCCAAGCUUCUUAAAGAAUUUGCCGACAAGACUUCCAUUCCCGUCACCACUACCCUUCAAGGUUUGGGAGGCUUUGACGAGCUUGAUUCCAAAUCUCUUCACAUGCUUGGUAUGCAUGGAUCAGCCUACGCCAACAUGGCCAUGCAGGAGGCUGACUUGAUCAUUGCCCUGGGCGCACGUUUCGAUGACCGUGUUACCCUCAACGUUGCUCGUUUUGCCCCUCAAGCUAAGGCUGCCGCUUUGGAAGGCCGUGGUGGUAUCGUUCACUUCGAAGUGAUGCCAAAGAACAUCAACAAAGUUGUUGAGGCCACCGAGGCUGUUGAGGGUGACUGUGCCGAGAACUUGGCCCUCCUUAUUCCCAAAGUGAAGGCUGUUCCCGAAAGGCCUGAGUGGUUUGCUCAGAUUAACGACUGGAAGAAACGUUUCCCCUUGUCCAUGUACGAAGAACAGACCGCCAACGGCCCUAUCAAGCCACAGGCCCUCAUUCAGAAGCUCAGCGACUUGACUGCUCACAUUAAAGACAAAACCGUUAUCACAACCGGUGUUGGCCAACAUCAAAUGUGGGCUGCUCAGCAUUUCCGAUGGCGCCAUCCUCGCACUAUGAUCACAUCCGGUGGGUUAGGUACUAUGGGAUUCGGAUUGCCUGCCGCUAUCGGUGCCAAAGUUGCUCGUCCCGACGCCCUUGUUAUCGAUAUUGAUGGUGACGCCUCUUUCAACAUGACCUUGACUGAGUUGUCCACUGCCGCGCAGUUCAAUAUCGGUGUCAAAGUCCUUGUCCUUAACAACGAAGAACAAGGCAUGGUUACACAAUGGCAAAACCUGUUCUAUGAAGAUCGUUACGCCCACACCCACCAGAAGAACCCUGACUUUGUGAAGCUUUCGGAGGCCAUGGGCGUUCAGGCUCAAAGGUGUAGCAAACCCGAAGAAGUUGAAGAGAAACUGAAGUGGCUCAUUGAGAGCGAUGGCCCUGCGCUUUUGGAAGUCCUUACCGAUAAGAAGGUUCCUGUCCUACCCAUGGUUCCCGCUGGAAGUGCCCUCCACGAAUUCCUUGUAUAUGAUGAAGCCAAAAAUAAGGAGCGAAAAGCUUUGAUGAAGAAGCGUGGCGUGACACAGAUGUUGUCCUAG